UUACUUGUCACAUGAGGACUUCAUGAAGCUUGUGGAAAGCACACAGCUGUGACGUCAUGGAAGGUCCCUGAGUGGCGUACAACUAGACCAGGCGAUGAGGAAGCAGCUCUGUGUAGUUGCUGCAGAGUGUGAGUGAUGGAACUGAAGCUGCAGAUGAACCUCUUCCUUCUGCUCAUACACACUGCAGUUUCAGUGGCAGUGACAGUAUUGGAGGGACAAACUGUCACCUUAAGGUGUUCCAUUAUCAGUGCUCACAAACACUAUGUGGAGUGGAAGAACCCCAAAGGAUAUACUAUGUUCUUCAGUAAAAACAGGGGUGUGAAAAACAAACGGUACAAUAUUGUUAAACUGUCAGAAACAGAAUUCAUAGUUAGCAUUUCCAACGUUACCUUCAGAGACGGUGGUAACUAUACGUGCCAUGAGUACGCUGACGUCCCCAAAGAGAAGACAGUUGAGGUGACUGUGUUAGGUUUGCCAAAAAUAGAAACUGGAAAGCAUGACGGGAAGUUUCUGGUAAAAUGCACCACAGCGGCGAACAGCCAUCCUCCUCAGAUCUCCUGGGUCCUUGAUCAAGAAACUGAAAUUAUUGGUCACCCCCAAGUCUACGUAGAAGACAAAAAAUAUAUCUCUCAGGAUAUGCUGCAUGUCAAAUCAGUGAGGAACCGGAUCACAGUGAAAUGUCUUGUUCACCAUCCAGCGUUACACUCAAGACCCCUGAUAAACUUUGUCAAAAUUGGACGAAACUCAAAAAAAUUUCACUCAACCACUUCGAUCAGUUCACCCACGACUCAGCCUCAAAGGUCAGCAGAGGUAAUGAGAACGACAACCCGCUGGUUGACAAGUGGAGGAAGAACAACCAGACACCUGCAGGGACCUUCAUCUGAGACUGUGACAAAUUUACGAUCUGUUUCCUCUGAUGAGCCGAAGACAGUUACAGCACGCCCUGGAUUUGUGUUUGGCACUGCCACAUCCACAGGCUCUCACAGCAGCACUACUGAUGACUUCGUGAGGUCAUCGACAAUCAGGUCUCAGAAUGACAGCACGAGUAAUGCAACAACUACUACAGGCCCACUAUCUGUCUCCAUGGCAACACAGGAGAUCAUUUUCCCUAAUGGUACACUGGAUAAUGGAACAAGAGGGAGUGUUAAUGAGCUUGAUGCACAAAUAGGAGCUAAAACAAAUUCAUCACUACUGGUGUUCCUGGUGACCUGCUUGAUCCUCGCUCUUCUAGUGGUGGUCAUUUUUUUUGCCAUCAAACUGAGGAGAGCACACCUAAUCUGGAAGAGAGUAUUUAUUAUUACAGAGAAUGAAGACUCAGAUCCGUCAGAGGAGAGCCACAAAUCAAAAUCAAGUCAGGAAGAGAAACAAUCUCAAGGACAAAGGCGAAGAGGGAUCCUCAACACAACAUUCACGCAGUACAUCGUUGAAGAACCAGCAGUGAUGACAUCAGCAAUAAACACAAACGCAGUCAUAGCAUCAGAGAGUACAAAUCAUGAGGAGAGGUCACCUGUUAUUUCAGCACAAGGUCCAGUCAGAUGUGAAAUAAAGGAAACUGAGCUGUAACAACCAUUACAAUUUUUAUGUGUUCAGCAUCGGCAACAAAAUCAAUAGAUUUAUUUCACUGCUUUUGUAAAAUAGAGUGGAUGUUUACACACACACA